UAGAGAGACAGGUCCAAUUGCUGCAACAAGAGAAUGCAGAACUCAAACGCAAGAACCUCUUCCCUGACAAUCGGGAGCCUACUCUUGCUCCAUCUUUUCAGUUCGGGGAUAUGCCUCAGAGACCACGGACGGACACUGGAUACAGCGGGAACAAAGGCGGCCUACAAGAGGAUCAAUUCCCCUCGGGUUACGACAUGGAAGGGGAUCACAGAGGGAAUGAAGGUCAUGCUCGAAAUAGGUUUGAAACUCCUCGACCUAGGGUGCACAUAGCUCCUCGUAAUCUCAAUAUCCCACCUACGAUCAUAGAAGAUCGCUUCUCACCUCUUCCAUUGGCUCAAAUCCCUUCCGACGCUGUCUACGCGCAGCAGACCUACGAUCCUCAGCCCUAUGAAGAUCCCGGAAACGAAUACGAUAAAUCCGUUUUACCAUACAGCAGUUCCAAUCCCCUGUCGUUGCGUAAACCGGCCCUGGAUCCAGACCAAUACGCUUUCCGAUCCGAAACACCCGCUCGACGCAUGAUUCCUCGAAAUCGACCUUCUUCCGUCAUCCCCACUUCGGACGCCAGAGCAUCUGUUGCGCCGUAUCCUACCGCUCUCUCUAAACCAGGUCUAGCAGCAAGAAUGGGUAUCCACACCCCAGUCCCUCGACCGGGGACAGCCCCAGGACCCAGAAUCUUUCGUAAGCCUACCCGACAUACCAAGCCGGCAGUGUAUCUGACGAUGAUCGUUCUAUCUUUCUGUCUCAGUUCCUCCUCAAGCUCAUUUAACUCAUCGGGAAAGUAAUCCCAGAUUAUUUGACGGCAACGAACCACUUCACCCUGAACCAGCAGGUUUCAGACUUCAAGCCCCGAGUAACACUUCCCGACCAAGAAUGUGAAGACU